AUGGCGACCAUUGCAGCCUGGAUGCUGCUGGGGAUAUGCUCGGUCCAGGCCGACAUGUACCUGAACAACCCUCGCGGCUCCAACAACAAGCUGCGCGAGCAGAGCAACAACGUGCAGAACGCCAAUCGUCUCUUCGACUCUCAGAACAAUGCCGCUUCUGGGUAUCAAAUCGGAGAUGACUGCAAGCCCGCCUGCAAGGACGGGAACAACAACUACGAUGUGACUAAGGAGGGUGCUACAAAGGGGACCAUGAAGUUCUACCAAGGCUCCGAGCUGUAUAUCGAAUGGCAUCACCAGCACGGAUGUGGCGUUGGCCACCCGAACCUGAAGUGCCAGAUAGUCCUGCAGUAUAUGACUGAAGAAGAGAAUCGCAAUCUUCGCGAUGGCACAGGCCAAGACACUGCCGGUGGCGAUGACAACGAUCCCACCGAGGAGGGCACCGCAGAGCCAGCGAGAGGAUACCAUGAACCCUUGGACUUCUACCAGGCUUGCAUUGCGCGCGAGCGCAACAAGGGCCUCUACACUGCCGACAGGCAGAUGGAGGAAAACGGUGGAGCGACCUCUACGCGGCAGAAUCCGAACGGCAACGGCCGUCGUCGUGGGCAACAGCGCCACGGCCUGGAAUGCCCUGAGGAGCGGGACUAUUAUCCGUAUUGGCAUCCCACGCCUUGGCACGAUAUUGCCGUGUUAACUGAUGAGCCACAGGCCAGAUGCGAGUAUUAUCGCUCGGAGUCGCAAAAUGUCAAGGCCAAGGGUUCCUGCUCUGUCGCGGCGCACAACAACGCAGACGCCUGCGUUGGCAACGAUGGGCAGUGGACAGAGCAAGAUCCUUGGCAGGAACCACCACCAGAAUGCAUUGGCGGCAUCCAGAGCCGUGACAACCACAAUGGCAACGUGAGAAAUGGGCAGCCGCACUAUUACCUCUGGAAGAUCCCGAAGCAUGUCAAAGGCCGCACGGUUCUGCGCAUCCGGUACAACAUCUCGACAGGAGACUUCAACUAUGGCUCUUUGGCACAUCCAAAGGUCGAGGGCACGGAGCUCACAGGUGGCUUGGCCGACGCCUUCUUCAUGGACCAGCGUUUCAACGAUCCCCAACCGAACACCCGACGUCGAAGUAUAUUCAAGGGACGCCCCAGCGUUCCGAUUCCUCUGGCCCAAAACCCAGUAGCGGAUUGGCUGAACCUGGAAGAUGGCUCCGAGAAGUCGCGCCUUCUGCAGCUGCAGGUGAACACAAAUCAGUACGGCCGCACCUUCGAGGACCGCACCCACUCCUUUAUGGUGCUGGAGCGCCCAGCCGACGUUCCGGAUGGCAAGCGGAUUGUUAACUACAACGUGCGUGGUCGACGUGGCAACAUUGUGCAGGUGUAUCCCUCGGUGGAGUACGACUUCAUUCCCUCUGAGCUCUCUGUGGAGCAGGGCACGCUGCUUCAUUUCCAGUGGACUGGUUCCGACGCCAAUAACAAUGGCAAUGCAGGCAACGGACGUCAGGGCACUGAUCGCUCCAAUCUGGUUCAGCUCAAGUCCCGAGACGAAACGGUGCCACUUCCUGUGGAGCAGCACACCCUGCUCUUCAAUGCGAUUGCGAACCCCAAUGACGAGGAGGGCCGACGCCUGGUCGAGAAGUUCGCAUACCUU